AUGGAGGUCGACAAUGAAAGCUCCAACUCUUCCUCGCCCGCCCAGGAAAAUCAAGAAGUUCAAGAAGUGAACCCUCCAUCAAAUGAAGCAGAAAGUACUGAUGUUGAACCAAUGGAGCAAGGAGAGGAAGCGGAAGAAUUCGAAGGCCCGCAGUAUCUUCCUGAUGAAGAACAACCUCCGGCGAUUCUACCUUCGUCAACUGGCGUGAUCGGAGAUGGACAACCAGAGCCCGGUACUGUUCCUGAGGAUAUGUAUCCAAGUUCAAGCGAUGAAGAAGAAGACCAGCAGAGAAAAGAAGAAUGGGAAAGAGCCGGAGUGAAGAAUUCGCUGCGAAAAUACAGAAUCGAUGACAAAAAGGCCCUAGAAGUUCUGAACAAGCACAUAACCCGAAUGGGGACGAUGUACAUGUGGGGCAAAACACCACGCGGAAUCGAACGACGAUGGCACGAUUACUGGCCACAACCUGACCGAGAAUGCAGAUCUGAACUCUGCCCCUGCAGAAAUGUCGAACUGAGUUCGAAGAAAUGCAAAUGCAGAAAGUGCGAACGGCUCAGAAUCGAUCCAAUUUCAAGAGACUGGUGA